AUGGAUGUAUGGUGGGGUGGGGAACAAUGGUUCAAGGAGGGCGGCAAUGCUUUAAUCAAAAUAACGUUGCUGCUACCACCGCCUUCACCACCAUUGUUUACACCUACCAAAACACCGUUUCCUCACCACUUGUAUCACCGAUCAUCUUCUUUCCAAGCCCACACCACUCUCCGGCAACGAACCUUAAACCUCAUUUCGAAGAAUAAAAUAGGGGGGUCAUGAAGACUGUUAAAAGCAUCUAUAAAUUGGGUCAAAUUGUUGAGCUUAAGCAAGAAAUCGAGAUCUUAAAACAGAAGCAGCUUACUGAGGACGAUUUGAUUGAAAAUCUAGACAUUAGAAUUUCCAAGCUUAAAAAGGAAAACUCUCAAAAGUCAAAACAAAUUUCUGAUUUACAGCUCAAUCUCGGCGCUCUCACUGCCGGAUUCUUUGACUUGGAAAACAAAUUAAUCAGUGAAUUUGGCGACAAGUUCAAAACAUCUGCAUUUAACGACAAGUUCAAAACAUCUGCUACUGAGGCUUCUCAAGACAAUAUAUCUCCAAGUGUACCUGCUCCAGCUUGUCAAGAUGUUUCUCACCAAACCAGUAGAACUCGCAUUGUUGAUUGUUUUGAUAAAGAAUCUGCUUCAGCUGAUCCCAGAUUAAUUAUGAAACAAGCUCAGAGACAAGUCAAAUCUCAAGGAAAAGGAAAAUUACUCUUCAUGAAAAAUUCCGAUAAAAACAUCCGAGGAGAUCGCCCGCAACUGAGUGUCACUGAGCUUGACAGAAAGAGGUUCAAAACCAAGUACGGAGAUCGAACAAGAAUAAAGGUGUGGGGAUUUUAUGCCGAGAAGAACAUCUGGGUGAUUAAAAGGAAUAGUGGAAAUGUGGAGUAUUAUAAGCAUCACAAUGAUUUUUGCUCUUGGACCAAAAUAGAUUUUACAGAACUAUCUGAUGCUCCUUUCCACAACCCAUCGAAUGAUCCUCGAGGGACUAAUUUUAAGCUCUUCUUGGAAAACCAAGUGAAGAGAAAAUUCGAUGGGAUGAAAACUGCAGAAUCUUUUGUCAAGAAAACAAAGGGCGUAUUUAAUCCCAGCUCCAACCGUACCAUAAAAAAUGUGAUGUGGCCUCCUGCCAAACAAAUGAAACAAAAUCCUAUUAUUCAACAGUUACCUGACGGGCCUCCUAUCGAACAAAUGAAAGAAAUUCCUAUUAUUCAACGGUUACCUGACGGGUCACUGCAGAAUAUGGAAUACUGGGUAUUUGAUGAGGCCACAGCCACCGUUGUCAUCGAGCUCCCGACUCGGGGGAUUCGUCUUCUUGAAGCAAAGGAUCUUCUUCAGUUCGGUGAGCGGGAUAUCCGUACUUUGGCGAGACAUCAAAUUGUGGUCAAUGAUGAUAUUCAGGAGAUCGCCGCUAAAGAAUUCACUGGAAUGGUUGGUGAAAUUAUCAACAAGAAGAUGUGGCUAGGUGCCUUGGGAAGGUCAAAUGUGUUGGUUGUCUAUAGGUCAUGAGCUUAACAAACUAAGGGGGAGAUUGUUAGGACAUAUUUAUGUUGGUUUGUGCUAGACUUUUAUGUUUUAUAAGCAUUUCUUGUUUUGUUUAGGGCUUGAUUUGAGUUUUCGGUGGGGUGGACCGAAAACGUUCCGUUUUCGGUCCUAUGGCGUUUUCAGUUGGAAAUUAGGUUGCUGUUUGUGUUCCCUAUAAAUAGGAGACUUAGAUGAUCGAUUUUGGGUUAGCUAUUUUCGGUCAUUGCUGUGUGUAAGAUCCUUUGUACCUGAGGUUAAUAUAUAAUCGUGUGC